GAAUUUAUACAUAUCAAGGCAAUAAUUAUUCAGCAAUUGAUAAACACCUUAUCAUUCUUUUCUUUUUCUCUUUUUUUUCCAAGUCUAGUUGACUCUAUACUAAUCAAGAUUUUUUUUUCUCGAUAUGCAUAAACUAUACAUCUUAUUCCUACUUGACUCAGUUGCUUAAAUUGGAGAUUCUGACCCAAAACAGAAAUAAGAUAAUUUUUUGUAUUCUUGUGAUCACAAAAAAAUUGUCUAAAAAUGGACAUAAUUGAUAGAAUGAUUCAACUCAAUAUGAAACUUCUUGGAUAUAAAUAUAUUCGCAAGGAAAAGAAACCUUUGCUUUUUCUUUUUUUUUGUAUAUAACCAUAGAUAAAAAUGGCAGGCACCAGUAUAGCCUCGUCUUCUGAUAAAAAGAAGCAGGAUUAUGCCAUUCAAGACAAUUAUAUCACAACAGAAACAACAGUGACUUCAGAGAAAGUAGAAGAUUUUAUUACCACCAGUCAAGAAAAACACUCUCUUAGUGACUUGGAAAAGUCUUCAUUUGAGCAUCAAGAAGAUGAAGAAGAUUCUCCAAUUGAAGAAGUUCGUACUGUUGUCUCAAACAAAGAUGACCCUACGCUUCCUGUCUAUACUUUCCGUAUGUGGUCUCUAGGUAUCGUCUUUAGUGCUUUACUCAGUUUUGUCAAUCAAUUCUUUUGGUACAGACAAAAUGCUUUGACCUUGUCACCUCUUGUUGUCCAAUUGCUCACUUUCCCUAUUGGUAAACUGAUGGAAAAAAUUAUUCCCAAGUCUCGCUUCUUUAACCCUGGACCCUUCAACAUGAAAGAACAUGUAUUGAUCACUGUCAUGGCUAACUGUUCUUACAGUACUGCUUACGCUAUUGAUAUCAUUACUGUCCAACGUCUGUUCUAUGGCCAAAACCUUGGAUGGGGUGGAGGUAUCUUGUUGAUCUGGACCACUCAAUUCCUUGGCUACGGUAUGGCUGGCUUGCUUCGUCCUUACCUUGUAUACCCUGCUGCCAUGGUCUGGCCCAGUAAUUUGGCUAACAUCUCUCUUUUCCGAUCCUUCCAUACAGUUGAGUCUAACUGGAGUGGUCCUACUCGUAUCCGUUGGUUCGCUUACUGCUUUAUUGGCAUGUUCAUUUACUAUUGGCUUCCUGGUUACUUCUUCCAAGUAUUGACUUUCUUCUCUUGGGCUUGCUGGAUCAAGCCUUCUAACCGUAUUUUGGCUCAACUCACCGGUUCCUUGAACGGUCUUGGUAUGCUCUCUAUCACCCUCGAUUGGGCCACCAUUACUUCUUACUUGAGCUCUCCCCUUGUUGUUCCUCUUUUUGCUAUUCUCAACAUUGGUGCCGGUUUUGUCAUUAUUGCUUGGAUCAUUGUUCCUGCCUUGUACUACAGCAAUGUUUGGGAAGCUCAAAAGUUCCCUAUUCUUACCUCUGCUCUUUUCAAUGACCAAGGUGAAAUCUGGGACAAUUCUCUUGUCUUGAACGACCAAAAGCUUCUGGAUCCUGAACUCUAUGCCCAAUAUGGUCCUCUUCGUAUGACAGCCUUCUUUGCCUUCACUUAUGGUAUUGGUUUUGCUGGUGUGACAAGUAUUUUGACCCAUACUGUUUUGUAUCAUGGUAAAGAUAUUGUUCGUCAAUACAAGAUGUCUCGUUCCAAGGAGUCACAAGAUAUUCACCAUAAAUUGAUGCAAGCUUACCCUGAAGUCCCUCAUUGGUGGUACAUUGGCAUCUUUCUUAUCUCGUUUGGUGUUUCCUUUGCUGUCAUUUAUGCAUGGCCCAUCUAUCUUCCUUGGUGGGGUUUGAUUCUAGCCAUCGUUAUUGCCAUUAUCUUUAUUCUUCCUAUUGGUAUUAUUCAAGCCAUUACCAAUCAGCAACCUGGUUUGAACGUCUUGACUGAAUUCAUUAUUGGUUUUGCACUUCCUGGUCACCCUAUUGCCAAUGUCACCUUUAAGACCUAUGGCUAUAUCUCCAUGUACCAAUGUCUUACCUUUGUCAGUGAUCUCAAGUUGGGUCACUACACCAAGAUUCCUCCCAAGGCCAUGUUCUGGACUCAAUUGGUGGGUACUGCUUUAGCUGGUGUCGUCAAUCUUGCCACGGCCACUUGGUUGAUGGACACAAUUGAAAACAUCUGUACUGCUGCUGCUUAUCCUUUCACUUGUCCUAGUGCUCGUACCUUCUAUUCUGCCUCUGUCAUUUGGGGUGCCAUUGGUCCUCAAAAAAUGUUUGGUCCUGAAUCCAUUUAUAACCCUAUGCUUUGGUUCUUCUUGAUUGGUCUUGUUAUUCCUAUUCCUUUCUGGUACUUGUCCAAGAAAUAUCCCAACAAGUGGUACAAGUAUGUUCAUAUCCCUUUGAUCUUUAACUCUACUGGUAUGAUGCCUCCUGCUGUACCUCUUAACUUCUCUAUGUGGUUUGCUGCUGGUUUCAUCUUUAUGUACUAUGUUCGUACAUACCAUAGAGAUUGGUGGACAAAAUACAAUUACAUUACUUCUGCUGCUUUUGAUUCUGGUGUUGCCAUUGCAGGUAUUGUCAUCUUUGGUGUGUCUACUGGUAGUGGCUGGCAAGCAGACUGGUGGGGUAAUGGUGACCCCAAUGGUACUUUGGAUCAUUGUACUUUGGCCGGUGCUAAUGCUUCUAACGUGUGUGCUAUCUGCUAAUCAAAAACACACAGACACAGACACACACACACACACAUUACUCCUUUAUUAUUUUAUGUAAUCAUUAUCAACCUCUUUAAUUUAUAUAUAUUUUUUUAAUAAAGUGUACAACAUCACUCGUCAUUUUACAUCGUGACUUGAGUAGCUGAUAUGCUCC